UGAGAGGGCAAGAGAAAGGGGAAGGGGUGCGGGGGAGGCCCAUCAACCUUGAUGCCUGGAGCCUGGAACAGCCACAUGUUAGCAAGCCAGGGGCUUUGCACAGCCCGCCAAGAUGACAGAGAUGCCCAAAAAAACCAGCAAAAAGUUCAAGUUCUUCAAGUUCAAGGGCCUUGGGAGCCUUUCCAAUCUCCCUCGGUCCUUUUCUCUGAGACGGUCGUCAGCCCCCAUUAGUCCCCAGUCUCAUGUGGAGCCUGACACUUUUGAAACCACCCAGGACGACAUGGUGACUGUCCCAAAGAGUCCUCCCGCCUAUGCUCGCUCCAGUGACAUGUACAGCCACAUGGGCACCAUGCCUCGCUCUAACAUCAAGAAGGCUUGGAAACAACAGACUAGCCGGAAGGCCCAGGAGGUCAGCCUUGAGUCGCAGCCGGUGCCUGGAGGGCUGCCAGACCCACCACCAGGCUUAGAGGCAGCCAAAGAGGCAGAGGAGGAAACUGAGGUUCCACUGAAGGACACCCCAGGAGCGGGACCCACACCUCCUGCAGUAGAAGCUGACCCUAUGAGGAAGCCUGAAGAUUCUACAGUAGACAAAAAGGAAGAGCAAAUCCCUGGGGAUGUGCGCCCAGAAAGGUAGGUGCCAACCGGGGCAGGGAAGGCAGGACGUGCACAGA